AUGAGAUGCUGGCCAAGUUUCUACGAUCUUGGACGACCAAAUUAUUUAGUAAAAGUUGGUGCUGCUAAUAUAAAUGCAAGAACGUUCACUCAACGUACUCCACUGUAUACAUUUUUAACUUCUUUACGAACAACUAAAGACGAUAUUGAUUGGGAAAAAGUUGAUUAUUUUAUUAAAUCUUUAGUACAUUUGGGAUGUGAGAUAAACCAAACAGUUAUUGAUAAAACAACUGUACUUCAUUUUGCGGCUGAAAUGCUUCCUGUUAAUUGUUGUCAAAGUCUUUUAGAGGCUAACGCAUCUAUAAGUGUUCUCGAUUAUUUCAAACGAACAACUCGUCAUCCUGCUGCAAAAAAAUUUUAUCAUGGCGCUGAAAUAAUUAAAUUACUUUAUAGAUAUGGCGCGGAUAUUCAUGCACAAGAUAGUUUUCAAUAUCUACCUGCCCAUUAUGCAGCUGCUGCGGGAAAUUUCUCGGCAUCAAAACAAUUUGCAAGUUACAAGACAAAUUUAGAAGCAAAGGGAAAUUUAUCAAUUACACCUCUUCAUUUAGCAGCCGAUGUUGGGUAUAUUAGUUUGCUAUCUUGUUUUCUUAAUUUUGAUGUUAGGGAUGAAUGGCAAGCUACUCCACUACAUUAUGCUGCAUAUAGCGAUAAUGUAUAG